UAAAAAAAAAACAAUGACAUAUGAUCGCAUAUUUCUUACGUUGUCUUUCCAUCUUCCAACUCUCCAUCUUCUUACUCUGGGAUCCGGAUUCUCUUCAUCACCCCUUGUCUCCUUCUCUCUCCUUCCCCAAAACUAGCCACUUGAUCAAAGAUCAAGGGUUGGCGCAGCGUAGCUUGCAUACGCGCGCACACGGGAACACACUCUCAUUUCUCCCCUUUCUUUCUCUCUCUUCUCUUUCUCACUCUCACGAUCUCUCUUCUCCCUUCUCUCAAACUUCAUCCUCUUCCUCAAGAACAUUCAUCAAUGUUCUUCAUCCAAACCCAGUUUCCGGCGACCAACCACCUUUACACCUAGACUCUGGUGGCUUCGGCGCCGUGACGGCCAUCGCGAAGGAAAACCCAAAAUAAUUCCAAAUUAUUUGUAAAACCCUUAUUUAACCUCCCUAAACACAGAUAAAAUCCUAAAACUACGAAAAACAAUAAAAAAAAGGAGAGAGACACAAAGGCUGGCAAAGCAGCGGCAAGUGACAACAGGUGACACGGUGGUGAUAAAUUUCAGGUAUGGAUCGUAGUUGGAUGAAAGCUAAUCGAUUAAGUGCUGAGUUUGAACAGGGAGUGAUUGAAUUUCUUCGAUUUGCUGAAAUCAAUCCUCCAUCUCCCGAAAGUAAUGCUAAAAAAAAACUUUCGACUCCCGAAAGUAAUGACGAAAAAAAUCUUCCUCCUAAAAGUAAUGUACAUUUUCGAUGUCCAUGUGUUCUUUGUGAAAAUAAAAAAGAAAUUCAUAAGGACCAAAUCUUUAGUCAUCUCAUUUGCAAUGAGAUUUGUCAAAAUUAUACAAAAUGGAUAUGGCACGGUGAAGUAGUAACAAAGCGAAAUGUGUCCCAAAGCGAAAACAUUAGUGUAGAUAUGGAUGAUCAUCUUGAAGACAUGAUGUGUGAUAUCUGAGAAGACUCGUUUAAGAGGGCUCAUGUGCAUGAUACUUUGUGCAGCGACAAGGAUACACCUUUGUACCCGGGAUGCACAAAUUUUACACGUUUGUCAGCGGUGUUAAAGUUGUUUAAUCUGAAGGCAAAGAAUGGGUGGACUGACAAAAGUUUUAGCGAAUUGCUUGAAUUGUUGACACAAAUGCUUCCUAAAGGUAACGUUAUACCAAACCGGUGUUACGAGGUGAAGAAAGUAUUGUGUCCGAUGGGUUUGGAGUAUUAAAGGAUACAUGCAUGCCCUAAUGAUUGCAUAUUAUACAGAAAAGAGUUUGUAAACUCUGAUCAUUGUCCGAAGUGCAUGGCGUCACGCUACAAAAAGAAAGAUGGUGAUUCUAGUGAUGAUGUGGUGACAAAAAAGGGUUCUCCCACGAAAGUUGUAUCGUACCUACCAAUAAUUCCAAGGUUCAAGAGAUUGUUCGCUAAUGAAAAUGACGCAAAGAAUCUUAGAUGGCAUGUAGAAGAGAGAAAAUGUGAUGGACAAAUUCGCCAUGUAGCUGAUUCUUUGCAAUGGAAGAAAAUUGAUUCUUUGUUUCCAAAUUUUGGCAAGGAGUCGAGAAACCUUAGACUUAGACUUGGACUUGCUACUGAUGGAAUGAAUCCGUUUGGCAAUCAAAGUACUAACCAUAGUACAUUUUUGGUGGGUGAUAGAUGACUUGACUAUUCAAUUCUACAGCUUUGGUGUACGUAUAUGCAUCGCCUUUCCAUAGACACAAAAAACUCAGAUCUGUUUGCAUUUUUGGACCCAUGUCAAUUGAAUUUUGCAUCAAAGCCAGUCUCAUUUCAAAAGCGGGUAAACAAUACAUACAAAAUCAGUUGCAUGAUCUAAACAAAGUGUGCUACUUAGCACCACAUCUUUGGGACGGGCAUUGGCAAUUGAUAAUUAUGUGUCCUAAGGACAAUGUAAUAGUUUGCCUUUGUUCAUUACACCAUAUGAUACCUGAAGCAGCGAAGAGUCUUUUUACAAAUGCUUUUAAAGUUCAUCAAUUAGCAACAUUUGGUAAUAGAAAGAAGGCUUCAUGGAUUUUUCCCAAAACAAGGGUACAGCCUAACGGCAAUGACUGUGGAUAUUAUGUAAUGAAGAAUAUGAUUGACAUCGUCUCUGCUAGUAUUACAAAGAAUUGGAUGGAGGUAUUCAAUGAUCCUACGACAUUAACAGAGGAGGAGCUGUAUGAUUUGCGAGACCGCUGGGCAACUUGUUUUCUUGACCUAUAUAAUCUCGAGGUAGAUUAUGAUGAUGCCGACGAGAAAGAUUAGGAGCUAGCUAGGUUUGUGUGAAGUUACGAUGGACUAGUUAUGAUGAUGUUUUAAUUUGUAUUUUGGAUGGAUUGGUAUUAAUUAUUAUGAUGUUUUUUAUUUUGGAUUUCAUUGUGGUUGUACUUUAAUGAUAUUUUAGUAUUAUGUUCUUGAUGCAAGUUAUGUUA